AUGCAACAGAAGCUCAAUUUUCAGACAACACAGGACGAAGAAGUGGUUGUUGAUCAAACCUUCACAGGAUAUACGUCGGAUGAGAAUCGCUCUGUUUCGGAACAGUCUAUUGCAGAACAACCCUUUCAUUUACGUCUACUCUUUCAAAACGAUUGGCUCAGCGAAGACAGCUCCUCGACAAGCCAGGCCACAGAGGGCUACGAGGCGACAAACACUUCCCAUCUGUCAAGUAUUGCAAGAAAAUCGCUGCAGAAAUUGAUUCCUUCGAAAGAUGAUAUAUCCGUCUACACCAGUUCAGCUUCGGAAUGGCUUACUUUGCUUCAUUCCUUUUUCCCAUUGCCAUCCGACGUGAAAUUUGGAGAGGAUAUGAUUGCCUGUUACGAGGAGAUGCACUGUCCAGAUGUGGACACCAUAAGGCUUGCGUCCUGGUUACUUACCGUUGCUCUAAUGGUCGAGCAGCUACCACCAAAGAAUCAAACCAUGGAAUCUUGGCUUGAUAAACGAGAACGCCAAAAAUCGCUCACCAAGGCUGUAUCUGCGACAGUGGAAAAUAAGAUCCUGAUUCAUGAUGCCUUGACGAGCUCAGUCCAUGGACUUUCCGUUUUCAUGCUGUGUAUCAGGCUUGAAAUCGGCCGAGGAAACAUCCAUAAAGCAUGGGUAAAAUUGCGACAAACGAUUGCGAUCGCAGAGCUGAUGGGACUUCACAAUGUGGUUCAGGUUUCUCAACUUCAGAUGACUACUGAGGUUGUUGAUGAGCAGCAAAUUAGCAAAGUUCGACUAUGGGAUCUGAUAUGUGCCGCGGACAAACUUCUGGGAAUGAUGUUGAAUCUCUCCCCAAUCACCAGUUCUCAUAGACAAGGAACGACCGAUUCUGUAUCGAUUAACGGUGUCGUGCAAAAUGAUGUGUAUCUCUGUCGGCUGACGAAUAUCGCGAACAAGGUUCAAGAUCUGGAUCAUUUCAACAUAUUCAAUGGACCGAGGACGGAAGCCUGCACACUUGCUAUGGAGCUAUCCAGAGAACUCAACACACUCGGCUCUCAAACCCCAGCGGCCUGGUGGUCAGGAGGGAUGUAUGAUACAAACAACUUUCAUCCUGACCACAUAGUGCAGUUCUUGCAUUAUUAUAUCGCCAUGAGGAUUCAUCUGCCAUUGACUUUGCGGCAGUGCCAAGGCGGCGAGAAUCUCUUAAAUCGCUUGGCCUGCGUUGACGCAUGUAUGUCAAUAUUGCAGCGAUAUCAAAUUUUAAAUCGGAGACUUCCUCCGGGCCUCUUUCUAUCCGAGAUGUUGGACCUGCAGGCGUUCUCUGCGGCAAUUACCCUUCUUCUCAUAUCUCACACCUCAUCCGUUUGCCCCAUGGAUGUGGGUGUCGACAUGGGUGUCGACAGGAUAAAGAUCAGGAAUGAGGUGGAACAAGUCAUUAAACUACUACAUAAAAAAUCCGACGGCCCUCAUGGCUACGGGUUUGCUUAUAAUGGUUUCACCACACUUCGUUCGCUCAAUGAUCUGCUCCAGGGAACUGAAAAUGACCUCAACCGACGCAAAAUAGCCUUUCAUGCUCCACUCCUCGGGAAAGUUCAGGUCAGACGCAACGAGCAUUCUUUUCAAGAGGGUACCUACUGGCCGUCGCAAAUUUUGUCAGCGCUCGGUUUUUGCAACGCAGAAAUGCCAAUCCCCGAUCUGAACAUGGUCACCGAUACGUCAAUGCAGCCCUGUCUCCAUGACGAGAAUGAGCAAUGGGAUAGAAUUACGCGUUCUACCGAAGACAUGUUUCGUGGGUUAUUGUAA